CUGCAGUCGAAAUCCAUUUAUCCGUCAUUUUUACUAGUGAAAGUGACGGAUAACUCAAAUGUUCGACUGUACCUCCAUGGCUAUUUCUUUUAUUGCUUCAGCCUUAGUCCACUGCGGACAAUUCUAUGCCGUUGACUUGAACGCCCAACGACAGUUGCAUGGUUACACGCAUACUCCCGUGGGAAUUGUUGUGGACUAAUCCCCUGUUGACUUUCUUUUUGCCCUAGCCCUCCAGCGCGCGGAUUUUCCGUGAGAAGAAGAGCCCAUUACGAACAUACAAGCGGCGCAGACGACAUAACUGUUCCCUCAAAGUAUAAAAAACAGUUAAAUACUCAUCAUCUGUUGUCAUACCACUGUCGUCUGUUCCUUUAUUUCCCUUUCAAUUCUCCACAUUCGAUCCCUACUCUCCUGGUCAAGAAAACAUCAUGAAAUCCACUACUGCUAUCUUCGCCUUUACGUUGGCUUGCUUGGCCAUCUUGUCUACUUCAACUGCCACGCCAGUUUCAGAGCACCAGCUUGAGCCAAGAAGAUGUCUUGCCAUUUGUGAACCCAUUUUCACUAACUGCCCCAACGGCUGUGCCCACAAGGAUUGUGGUGGCAACUGCUGCGCGUGCAACUAAGUUCUGCAUCAUUCAUUAUAGUUUGGAAACCAAAUAAAAAAGAAGGUGGCCGGAUGGUCAAGAUCUCUUUCUCAAAUUUUGCGCUCAAGUCCAAUGCAACGAGUUUGAACUAGAACAAGACCAGUUAUACAGUGCCGUUCAAAACUGAGCAGAUAUUUACUCUGAGAGCUGAGACUCACAAACUAGCGAUCCGAUUACCUUAGAACUUUGUAGGAAUGUUCCUUAGCCAUUAUAGAAGACGUUAAUAAAAGAUGAAGUCGCUACCAGCAACCACUGUAAAGUUAUAGUCAUCGGUAGAGGCCACGUGAUUGGCCCAGUUUUGAACCAUACUGUGAUGUUUUAUGUACCUGAGAGUGAGUCAAGG